ACGUAGGGUGGUAGUUAAGAUAAGAUAAGAGAUAAGAUACACCUUUAUUGAUCCCACAAUUGAGAAAUUCCAGACUUGACGAGCAGACUGUAACUGUAACUGUACGAGGAAACAAUUUACCAGUUUAUUUUAGAUAAAAAGAGUUAACCUGCCGUUAGUUAGUCGACGGAAAUGGACGAUAAUACCAACGUGUCCUGUGUACUUUGUCGUCUGUCAAAGGAGACGGAAAUAACCGGAUCGUUGUUGACAAAAGAUGAAGUCACAGCUCAUCAGAACUGUUUGUUAUUUUCCUCUGGUAUCAUUUGCCAGAGUACCCCACAGCAUGACGAUUUGUUUGGCUUCUCUGUGGAGGAUGUGCUGGGUGAGGUGCAACGAGGAAAACGUCUGGUUUGUAAGAGAUGUACCAAAAGCGGUGCCACUGCUGGGUGUGAGGUCAAACGCUGCAAGAGGUCCUACCACUACCCAUGUGCUGUUAAAGACAAAGCUAUCAUAAUUGAGGAUACAAAGGAGGAGAAAUAUGUGCUGUACUGUCCCAAACACGAUCCAAAAGCUCAAGAAAACAAUGGCUCUGUAAAUGGACGCCCAUCUUCCCAUACAAAGUCCUGGACUUCCAAAACUCCCAGUGAACCCAGAUCAGCCAAGGUUUUACUUGAUGAAUGUUUCUACCGUAUUCACUUAAGGCAAACCACUUAAAGGGACAGUUCAACCCAAAAUCAAAAACAAAUAUUUUAACUGUCGUGUUACUUAUCAAUCCAGAUUAUUCUGGUGUGAGUCGCAGAGUAUUGGAGAUAAAGGCCGUAGAGAUGUCUGCCGUCUCUCCAAUAUAAUGGAACUAGAUGGCACAAAAAUUAACAAUUAAUUAAUUAGCUGCGGCAAGGACAAAGCCUUUGUGCAUGGGGCGCCUGCUCUACCAGGUGAACUACUGGGCACCCUAACAUUUUGCAACUUACAUCAAACAAUCUAGAUUGAUAAACAGCACUACAGGUAAGGGGGAAAAUAAGUAUUUUUUUUAUUUGGGGUGAACUGUCCUUUGAAAAGUGGAAAUCUUAAAAGGGCCCAGUAAUCUGCUUUUUCUUUUUAAAUUUCUGUUUUCAUUUCUGGGAGUAGAAAAUUCAGAAUACACAGAAGGGUUUUAUCUGACCCCAAAAAUGUUUUGGCAAGUAAUGAUAUCCGUUUUUAUUUUUC